UCUUCAAUCUUCAUCUCACUUUCUUCACAGUCGCAAACCCAUCAUCAUCAUCAUCAACAACCCUCGAAAUGGAUCCGGAUCAACCCCAAAACUCUGGAAUCAAAAUCUACAACAACGCCGUGUACGGCGACCCACCCGACCCCGACCCCGAGGACCAGGCCAAGCCCAAGUCCGCCUCCUCCUCCUCCUGCAUCGGCUCCAACCCCAGUAAGCCACCUUCUUCAUCCCUCCCUCUCGUCCGCCUCAACCACGACCAACUCCACGGCCGCAAACGACGUGCCGUCGCCAAAGGCGUCCAGAAAACCAUCUCCAAAACCUCUAUGCUCGUCAACUUCCUCCCCACCGGAACCCUCCUCACUUUCGAGAUGGUCCUCCCCGCCAUCUACCGCAACGGCGAAUGCACCACCGUCACUACCACCAUGACUCACGUCCUCCUAGGGAUCUGCUCCCUCUCCUGCUUCUUCUUCCACUUCACCGACAGUUUUAAAGGCGCCGAUGGGAAGAUGUACUACGGCUUCGUGACGCCUAAGGGGUUGGCGGUUUUCAAGCCGGGGCUGACGGUGGACGUGCCUAAGGAUGAGAGGUAUAGGGUGGGGCUGACGGACUUUGUUCAUGCCAUAAUGUCAGUGAUGGUGUUCAUGGCGAUUGCGUUUUCGGAUCGGCGUGUGACGGAGUGUAUGUUUCCCGGGCACGAGAAGGACAUGGAUGAGGUCAUGGAGAGUUUCCCGCUGAUGGUGGGAAUUGUUUGCAGUGGCUUGUUUCUUGUGUUUCCGAAUUCUCGCCAUGGGAUUGGCUGCAUGGCCGCAUGAAAACUAAUUAGAUUGUUAAUUAAUUUAGUUUCUAAGUAUUGAAUAGGGUUUGUUUUGAUUGCAAUAAUGUUGUAUUUGUGGUAGGGUUUGAGAAGGUGUUUGUAGUGAUGUUGUUGUAAUUUGUUCAAACUGUUUGUUACUUCUUUUGUAACUGACCUUAGUGACGAAGAUGA